UAGUUCAUUUUACUUUUCGAAAUUCAACAGAACACAACUCGGAAUACAAAUUUUUAGUAGUAAUCAGAAGCAGCAAAAUAAGUUUGAAAAAACCGUGAAUAAAUUCCCGCAAACUGGUUAUACACUAGAAAGAUAAUUCAUCAUGCAACGAUCAUCGACUCCGAUCCUGUAUUGUUUCUGCAUGCGUCCAUAUCUGCAGCAGAUUGUGAAGACACUCCAUGGCGAUCAGAUGCGAAGAGCGGCCUCAUCGAAGGGGGGCAGCAGCAAGGGCGACAACCCUCUUGGCAAAAGAAUGACAUCGAUGCGGUCAUCACAAUCACAAUCACGAUCACGACCAUCACCAUCAUCAUCAUCGGCAUCGAUGGGCAGCAUUAGCAGUGCUUUGAGCAGCAAAGACAACGGCCUCAGUUUCAAGACAUUGUCAUCCGGACGCUUGAGCGACGAACAAAUCUUUUUCCAGUCUCGCUCGCGCAAAGAUUUACAGGCACGAAUCACGCGGGAAGAGAACAUGUGGCGGGAUCCAAAUCAAAUGGACACCAAGUGGCUCAAUCCGCGUGAUCCUACACGCUACAAACCAAAUUUCAAGAAUACUGAGCCGGAUUCUUUGCGGAAGCAGUUCAUGCGAAGUCCCGACGAACGCUCCCGUGAUGUGAUGAGCCGUGACUGGGAGAAUGCUGUCAAGGCUUAUCGUGAUAAUCAGCGGCAAAGUAUGUAUGCUCAAUCAACCGCCUCGAAGACCUCUGUGAAGGGAGCAGCUGGUGGUAAAAAAACUCAGCGAAGGACAGACAAAUUACAGGAUCGCAGAAAUUUUACCAAGAAAGAGUAGUAACUAGUUUGAUUCAACUAAAAUUCUUAAGUAAUCGUAUCUGACAAACUACAAAAACGACGAACAACAACAACAACAACAACAACAAUAGAAGAAAUAACACAGCUCAAGACAAGAAAUUCUUAAAAUUAGAUGUUCCCCCCCCUCUUGAAGUAAGUCUUUUUUUUUUCCUGGCGCAUUUCUAUGCUAAUCGAAGACACUCCAGAAGGAAGUAACGUGGAGAGAAAGGCAUAAAGAGGCAAAUUGCUUAUGAAAUGUGUAUAAUUUAGCAUACAUUUAUGCACUUGGACUACCCUGCUAACUUCCCACCAUCCCACCGUUCCACCUUUCCAUCUUCCACAAUAAACCGAAGUGCCAUUAAAUGCUCAUUUUUUUGUGGCACGGCAAGGGAUGCUGCUAAUCACACAGGGAGACCAAAAUCCAUGGGACCCUACAAGAUACAAGAAUGCUGGAGAAGAAACCGGAAACUGACAUGGAUGAGAAGGAGAAGAAGGAGAAGGAUGAGCUCGCUUCGAUCCCCUCGAUAAUCAACAAAUAAGGCCAUUACACACACAUAUCUAUAGAUAUAGAUUUGCACACACUCGUACAUAUACACGGACUUGAUAGGAUAUCCCAUAAUUCGAUAACAUUUCUAUAUAUUACAUAAACUUUCUGAAGAUAGUUGCACUUUAGAUCACACUUUAUACCCUUUCCCUUAAAGGAUUUGCGCGCGCGUACACACACACACACGCACAAGGGUUACCACAAGUAGUUCGCAAGCAAUAUCACAUUAACUUAACGAUCGUCUCAAUAUUCAAACAUAUAUAUAUAUAUAUAUAUAUAUAUAUUUAUUAGGUGGAUGUAUGUAAACUGAAACGCAUCAUUAUAUAUAUUUGUUAACAUUAUUCUUUUUUUUCCUGAGUGAAUAUAACUUAUAAAGAUUAUUCAAAAAAUGUUCAAAUA